GUGGUUGGCUCAUUCCUCCUUCAGAUCUCCAUUCAAAUGCCACCUCCACAGAGAGGCCUCCCUUGACCUUGAUCCCUAAAAUAGCCGGCCAGUCUCGAGCUCUCUUCCUCUUCUGGUCCCUCCCUGGCACUUCCCACGAUCGGAUGCACUGUGCAUUUACAUAUUUAUCUUUAUGAUGCGGCUCCUUUUCGUGCGUUUCGUCCCGGUUCACCCGGGGCGCCUCCAUCCGCCUGGCUCGCAGUAGGCACUUAAUACAGGUCGACGUAAACUAAGGGGCGUCUGCGGGUGGGGGCUAGGGUCCUGCGGGUCCACCCGCCGCGCCCCGCCCUCGUGGGGCCUCCAGUCUGCGAGCUGGGCGUGCCCGGGCUGUCUGGGCGCGGGCGCGGGCGCGGGCGCGGCGGGCGCGGGCGGCCGGGCCGGUUGGGCGGGUGCGGAGGGCGCGCGCGGGGCCCGGGCCGGGUCCGAGGGCCCGGGCCGGGUCCGAGCGUCCGGCGGGGGCCAUGGAAGGGCUGCGGCGGGGCCUGUCGCGCUGGAAGCGCUACCACAUCCAGGUGCACCUAGCGGACGAGGCGCUGCUGCUGCCGCUCACGGUGCGGCCGCGGGACACGCUCAGCGACCUGCGCGCCCAGCUCGUGGGCCAGGGCGUGAGCUCCUGGAAGCGCACCUUCUACUACAACGCGCGGCGGCUGGACGACCACCAGACCGUGCGCGACGUGCGCCUGCAGGACGGCUCGGUGCUGCUGCUCGUCAGCGACCCCAGGUAAUCUGUGUUGGAGGACGUGGAGCCAUGACCGAGGGGACCAGAGGUGCUGGCUGAAGGACGGGCUGGGGGUGGCGGGGGACAUCUCCCGGGAGCCUUGACCUCACUCUGGCUCAGGGAAGAAGCGAUUAAGGGCAGAGGAGGCCACGAAAGGAUGAACAAAGACGCUGCGUUCCAGGCCGGCCGGGCAGAAUGGGAGAUUUUCAGGCGGAUUGUGGAAUUCAGCGGGUUGAAUGGAGGCCGGUUCGAGCGAGGGUUCUACCAGCUCAGAUCACAAAGGCAGCCGAGCGGGGCCUCCUCGGCAAAGCUGCCAACGCCUGCUCCCUUUUCAGCGCCACGAUAGGGGAGUUAAGCUUCAGCCACGGCCCCCCGGAUCCCGAAGGGACCUAGCCCGUGGGGCUCAGCUGCCCUGGGGGCUGCAGGGACACGAGGAGGACAGCAGAGGGGUCUCUCGGCGGCUCCCGGGCCCCCACCCACUUGGUGCCAGGAGCCCCCGCAGUUGUGACAACCACAGAUGUAUCCAGAUAAUGCCCAGUUGAUCUCGGGCGGCCUCGGCCUGCAGCAGCUUGGACCAGGGUUUUGUUUUCUGGCCGGUGACUGAGAUCAGGUCACGGCGAUGAGAGCACCG